GCCAGCAGAGGAUGAGCCAGAGGCAGGGUCGCAUGGGCCAGAGAGGCCGCGAACUGGGGGGGUUAUUACUGUUGGGGAUGAUACCCCUCCUCCUGCCCCGAUCCCGGAGCAGGCACCGCAGUACUGGCCUGAGGGAGUCCCCGAGCCGGAUAGCGAAGAAGCUCCAAUACCUCCAUUGGGAGCUACUACGCCGCCUUCGACGCAGGCAGGGCCGGAGGGGCGAGAGGGGAGCGAGAGAGCAAGGACAUCUGCUAAUGUGACACCGCAAUUGGUUGAGCAUACGGGUGAGCCCCCGGACAUUGAGAUGCUGACCUCCGAGGAGCCACCGCCAGAGUUGUCACACGCAGAGGAGGGGGUGAAUGUAGGGGUUCCACUAUGGGAGGUCCGCGGAACGCAAGCAGAGAGGCCACUAAAAGAGACGGCGGAAGAGAAGCACGCAAGGGUACAGAUGCGUCUUGACGAGAUAUACCAGGAGAAGAUUAGGAUGGAAGCCGCAAGGGAAGCGCCGAAGCCACCAAUCAACCCUCCGACGAGCGAGCAGAGGAUUGCCGAGGUUUGGGCCGAUUACGAGGAAAAGAGGGAUGCUGCCCGCUUGAGGUCGCAAGAGGCGGGGCAGGAAGACGCGAGGGUGGUUGAGGCACGAGAGACUGGGGACCUGGGGUUCUCAGCCACUAGGAUGGCGAUUGAGCGGGCAGAUAGGAGGAUACGUGAGGUGGCGGUCUCGUCCUUCCUGCGGUACUCCAUGCUGAGUGAUGAGUUGGCGGCUUCGAGAGAACAAAGCGUGGAGGUCCGCGUGGAAGCCAAGGAGGCAGAAUGGGAGAGGAGGCUCCAGGACAUGGCAGCGAUGGUGGAGAGGCUCUUGGCCACUAAGAUGGUCGACUGGACGGAGCAAAGCCGGUAUGGUAUUAAGGGGAAGGAGGUACAGGGGCUCUUUGGCCAGGAAGAAACAACAAAGACGCCACAGCAAGAAGGAAUGGGGAAGGUGUUCCUGGACCCAACAGAGGUGCCAGCAAGGCGGGAGGCCGAGGAGAGGAAGUUCAGCUUCAGGACUCCCACGAAGUUGGCCUCGCAACAGGUCACCCCUAUGACGAUUGAGACUCCUGAGGACGAGCCGGCGUAGAGACCCCAACCUCCAGUGACGGAAGGGGGCCCCACGGAGGAGUCCCCUACAAUCCUUUUGGAGGUAUAGGAGGGCACCCUUAUGGGGGCAGCAGUGUCUGCGGAGCCUGAGGCAAAGGAGGGGGAGGCAUCUCGUCUGGAUGAGUUAGUGGCAGCUAUGGAGCUGGAGAUGCCAUUAGGAAG